AAACAUAAGACUUGCCAUCUCUUAUAAACUCAGAAAGCUAAAUCCUCUCACUGCAUACAUAAAGAGAAUUUUAUUCUAUACAUAUAUAUUAUUAUUAUCUGGCAGUUCUGGUAAUUUUUUCAUAGUAAAAAUUAAUAAACAUGUCUUCUUCAUCAGUCCUCCUUUUUCCAGCUAUGAUCUGCAUGUCAUCUAGCAAAUACAGGAUCCAGCAAAAACUUCCCAAAAUCAGAGCUCAGAGCUAUAGAGAUGAAGGGAAAUCAAGGCAUGUUGUUGAUGCAAAUUUACAAGUAUUGAGGGGAAGGAUAGAAGAAGUGAAGAUAAAAGAGAGAUUAGAGAAAUGUUUGGUAUGUGAACGAGGUUGGAAUUACGUUGCUACAACUCCAAAUUCAUAUUUACAAAAGAAACGCAAGAAAGAAUUGGAACAAUUUGUUGAACUUUUUUGGAUGGUUGGUGGGACUAUUGGAUUUACUAUUCUUGGUUGCACUAUUUUCCUCUACCUUACUUCCCUUCUUAUUCAUUUGAAUAAUUGAUCAGUUGUAAUUAUGGCACAGCUUGUUUUUGGAUAGUCCUGCUAUAUUAUCAUCUCCAUAUGACAUUUGAAAUUCAUUGUAACGUUUUCUUUGCUUUCUUACAAGUCAAAAAGAGAAUAAAAGGAAAUUCUAUUGAUUCA